GUUUUGAAGCAUGAGGAGGUGUACUACUUUGAUGAUGUUUUCUUGUGUUUUUAUUUGUCUGAUUCUAAGCCAUGUUGAAGAGGCGGAAGCUGGAGCACCUCCCCAAGACUGUUGGGAUGAGAUCCGAUUUCCUGGAAAAUGUGGUGUUCACGGAAAGAAAGAUUGCUUCAAAAAAGUGGAAUCCAAGAUAAAACAACGUGUUCUUCAAUGUUUCUGUAAUGAUGUAGAAAGAGGUCCCAAUACAUCUAAGGACGAACAUUACUGCAGUUGUCAAAGAGAGAAUCCCUAUGAGUGUCAUUAAUUUCUAAUCUUAAUUCUUUAAAAAUAUUUCAGCUAAAUUAAAAUUUAUUUACGCGAGUUUUUUGUGUCACAGCUUGAAAAU